AUCCUCUCGCCUCCUCGCUCAAGCACCGCCACCCGCCUGUGCGCGACCACCGCCAGCCAUGUCUGCCCCGUCGUCCGAGAUCGACCUCGAGAAGACCAACAUCAAGGUCGAGCGCGCCGGGCCCAAGGUCCAGGAUGCCGAGAGCUACGAGGGCGGCCUCAAGCGCACGCUCAAGGCGCGCCAUCUGCAGAUGAUCGCGCUCGGUGGAACGAUCGGAACGGGCCUCUUUGUCGGAGCCGGCUCGGCGCUCAACACGGGCGGCACGGCCGGCAUCUUCAUCGGCUACACGAUCAUGGGCAUGGUCGUCUACUCGAUGAUGGUCGCGCUCGGCGAGCUCACGACGCAGUACCCGGUGCGGGGCGCGUUCGUCCACCACGCGACCCGCUUCCUCGACCCGUCUAUCGGCUUCGCCCUCGGCUACAACUACUACUACUCGUGGGCGGUCACCAUCCCGACCGAGAUUGUCGCAGCAGCCCUCGUUCUGGACUACUGGCCCGGUGCGGCCAAGAUCAACGUAGCCGUCUGGAUCACGGUCUUCUUUAUCAUCAUCACCGCCUUCAACUUUAUCGGCGUCGGCGCGUUCGGCGAGGCUGAGUUCUGGUUCUCGCUCAUCAAGAUCGUCACGCUCGUCGGCCUCAUCCUGCUCGGCAUCAUCAUCACGUCGGGCGGCGUUCCCGGCGCAGACCCCAUCGGCUUCCGCUAUUGGCGCGAGACGCCCUUCCAGCAGCUCAACGGUAUCCCUGGCGCCAAGGGCCGCUUCCUCUCGUUCUGGACCGUCUUCCUGCAGGCGUCGUUCUCGUUCCUCGGCACCGAGAUUGUCGCAUUGACGGCGGCCGAGGCCGAGAAUCCUCGCCGCAACGUCCCCAAGGCCAUCAACCGCGUGUUCUACCGCAUCCUCUUCUUCUACGUCGUCGGCGUCUUCGUCAUGUCCCUCCUCGUGUCGCCCAACGACGAGCGUCUCAUCAACGGCGGCAGCGACGCCGCCGCUUCGCCCUGGGUCAUCGGCAUUCAGCGCGCCGGCAUCAAGGCGCUGCCGAGCAUCGUCAACGCCGUCAUCCUCAUCGCUGCCUUUUCGGCCGGCAACUCGGACCUGUACGCCGCCUCGCGCACGCUGUAUGGCCUCGCGUGCGACGGCCAGGCGCCGCGCAUCUUUGCCAAGACGACGGCCAACGGCCUUCCCAUCUGGUCGCUCGUCAUCACGGCCCUCUUUGGCGUCCUCGCCUACAUGAACCUCGGCACGACCGGCGAGGAGGCGUUCAACUACCUCGUCGCCAUCGGCUCCGUCUCGGGCCUCAUCAACUGGCUCGUCAUCCUCGUCACGUACCUGCGGUACUACUACGGCCUCAAGCGCCAGGGCAUCGACCGCAGCGAGUUCCCGUACCAGGCGCCGCUCCAGCCCUACGCCUCGUUCUUUGGCGCGUUCAUGAUGACCGUCAUCAUCAUCUUCAACUCGUACCAGGUCUUCCUCGACGGCAACUGGGACACCGGCACGUUCAUCACUGCCUACAUCUGUAUCCCCGUCUUUGUCGUCCUCUAUCUCGGCCACAAGCUCUGGACCAAGUCGACGUUCGUCAGCCUCGACAACAUGGACUUUGACUCGGGUCGCCGUGCUCUCGACCAGCUCGAGGAGGAGUGGGCGGCCAAGGACGCUCAGCCCAAGUCGUGGGCCAAGCGCGUGUGGGACUGGGUCAUGUAGUGAGGGGAGAGGAGCAGUAGAGCUAGACGUAGACUGUUUGUGUUCCCGGCCAGGUAGACUGUGCUCUCCUUAAUCCCUGCAUUCGCAUCCUCAUUCAUUCUUUC